GAUCGUGCGCCUGCGGAACUCAGUUUGCCUUUGUGUUCGUCACAUCUUCCGAGUUCACCGCCACGUUUGGACACUUCGCCGUUCGUCGUCCAGCAACAAGGGUCCACGUCAGCUGAUUCAACCGCACAAAAGCACGCCCUUUUCACCGAUGCUUCGAACCACGGCACCGCAGUUUCGAUGCCUCGCUCACCCGUCAUGUUUCCACAGCGGACCCAUCGUGUCGACGACGACGGGGGACGUUCGCGGCUGUCGACGGGUCCUCCUGGGGGACAGAGGCGUGGACUGCUUCACGGGAAUCCCGUACGGCAGGGCGCCCGUGGGCCAGCGGCGGUUUCGGAGGCCAGAGCCCGCGAAAUCCUGGAACAAUACACUCGACGCCACGCGGCUGGCCCCGGCCUGCAUGCAGACUGCUGCCAUUGACGCGAGGAAGCUGCCAUUUCAAGAUCCAAAGUCUGCAACUUCUGGAAUUAGCGAAGACUGCCUUUUCCUCAACAUCUGGACACCAAGACGGGACUUGUCGGAAAAGCUAAAUGUCAUGGUCUAUCUAUUUGGAGGAACUCUUCUCACUGGUUCAGCGCCCGACGGCGCAGUCUUGUCUGCUUACGGAGGUGUCGUCGUCGUCACGAUUAACUACAGGCUCGGCGCCUUCGGAUUUUUAUACGGUGGAAGUGAAGACGUACCCGGCAACCAGGGGCUCUACGACCAAGCACUGGCGCUCACGUGGGUCACAGACAACGUCGAUCGCUUCAAUGGGAAUCCAGACUCGAUCACACUGUUUGGAGAAAGUUCAGGAGCCUGGAGCGUCGUGUUCCAUCUGCUGUCACCCAUGACCCAGUCUAUGAUACACAGGGCCAUCGUUCAAAGCGGAGGAGUCGAUCGGAGAGACCUAGUGGGGAAGGGCUCGGAUAUGCUUGGCAGAGCUCAUAAGCUUGCCAAAUUCCUUGGCUGCUCCGGCGGUGCCAAUUCAACUUGGGCGUUAAGCGCUGAAACGGUUAACUGCAUUAGGGCAAUUAAUGCCAGUGAACUAAGCGUUACAGAAAGGUUGUUAAUCGACGGCAAGAAUACUUUUUUCCAGCCAAUAUUCGGCGACGCAUUUAUGCCGGUGGAACCACGACUGGCGACGUUCCCAGGCGACAAGGACGUUCUCAUUGGGCAGGUCGAGAGCGAGGGUGCCUCUUACAUCUCUCAAUACUUUCGAGAUACAUUUUCUGCGUCACAGUCCUCGAGGAAAAUAAAUAAGGUCGAAAUGACGUACUUCUUCGGUAAGACGUUUCCCUCGUUGAAUCUUACUUCGCUGAGGAAAGUACAGGAUGAGUACAUGGGGCAUCUGAGGGACUUUGAUUACGAUGCAUUGAAGCAAGCAUUGGUGGAUGCACGAGGAGACGGUCAUGUUGUUUGUAGUACCGUGCGGACUGCGUUAAAGUUGGCGAAUGCGACGGCAUUGAAGAGCGCGGGUGCGGGUGUCUACUACUACAGGAUCAGUCAAGUGCCCCAAUGCAUAGAGAGAGAAGCCUGGUUGAAGACAGCGCACACGGAUGAUAUACCCUACGUUUUCGGAACUUCGUUUGAAGAGGGCGGUUGCGCUCCCGACAGCGACAUCAGCCGCACAAUCAUGCGUAUAUGGAGCGGUUUUGCGAAGAAAAGGUGA